UGAAUGUAGUUGAGAUUAGUUAAAACCACGACAUUCAUCCCUUUCCCGUUUCCUUUCUCUCUUCUCUUCUUCGUAACUACAGAACCCCCAAAAACAAAAAUAAAUACUCUUAUUAUAGCUCUUAUUUCUUCAUUAUAAACCCACUUUUUUUUCUUCCUUGUCUUUUUUAGGUUGUUUCUUCUUUUGAAUUGCCUCAGAUUUCUCUCCCCAUUUCUUGAUUCUCAUCGCCCACAUUUUCUUUCUUCUUCUUCUUCUUCUUCUUUAUAGAUAUAUAUAUAUAUAUAUAUAUAUAUAAAGCUAAAACCAGUUCUGGGUUUGCUAACUGGUUUUAGCUUUAAAUCGCAAUCAAAAUGGCUUCUUCCAUCUCUGUUCCAUGCCCCAAGAUCUUUUCUUUUUUAAAAACAAAGCAGCAAAGCCAAACUCAAAACAUCUCUUUGGCUCUUGCUCAAAGUUCAAAGUCCAGCCCCAAAUCUUGCUUGUCAUUUGGAUCUUCUGUCCGGGUACCUGCAUUUUCAGGACGUCAGUGGCCUAAUGGGAGGCAAACUACUAUCUUCAAGAGCCAUGUGCAGCUUAAUGAGAUUGCUAUAGAGAAAUCCUCAAAUUCUGUACCAGUAGUUGACACAGAACCUAAAGUUGAAUUGCCCAAGGAAGAUGAUAAAUCCAUGGAGAACACUAUUCCAGAUGUUGCAGCAAUCUCAGCAUUCAUGGCACAAGUAUCAGACCUUGUUAAACUUGUUGAUACAAAAGAUAUUACUGAGCUGCAACUGAAGCAGUCAGAUUUUGAGCUUGUAAUAAGAAAGAAGGAAGCUUUGCAGCAGCCAGAACAAGCACCUUCCAUUGUCAUGCCACAACACAUGCCUCAUGCAAUGUUUCAAACUCCAUAUCCAGCAGCUCCAGUAGCAGCCCCUGCUCCUGCAAGCCCAGCCCCUUCAGCACCAGCACCCUCAUCUCCCCCUGCUAAAACAGGCAAAUCAUCUCAUCCUUCCUUCAAAUGCCCCAUGGCUGGAACCUUCUAUAGGAGUCCUGCACCAGGUGAACUACCUUUUGUCAAGGUGGGAGAUAAAGUACAGAAAGGUCAAGUAGUCUGCAUCAUUGAAGCUAUGAAACUGAUGAAUGAAAUUGAAGCCGACCAAUCUGGAACCAUAACCGAGAUAUUGGUAGAGGAUGGAAAACCAGUUAGUGUAGACAUGCCUCUAUUUGUGAUUGUGCCUUGAAUAUAACUUGGCAAAGGAACUGUUUCAAGCUUUGGAAUAGACAAUGGUUUGGCUUAAUUUUUGGUUUACUCUGUAAUUUUUAAACUAAUAAUGGUUCCGUUUCUGCUGUUGGGAAUUUAUAUAACCAUGUUUGAUAUACUCAGUACAAGGCAGAAAGACUUUUGUAGGGGAUUCGACAGUUUGUCUGUGUUUAGUUUUGAAAGUUUAGCUAAUAUAAAUUCAUUCUCUUUUUGUCUUUCUCAACUUAUUCUGUUUCUUUUAUUCCACUCAUUCAUUGCUUCCCAAUUAAGUAGAGAUUUUUUUUUUUUCAAAGGAGACAUGCCCUGGAGAUAGAGGAAAUGGUUAUGUAUUUAGAUUCCAACUUAAGACUUAUUGGAUGCUACAUGAACUAACAUAGUAAAGUACCAAG